GAUCUGGGCACGUGGUUCCCUUUUCACAUCUGUCUGUAUAUAUUACUAGCAAAGUACUAGCAAGCAAAUCAAUUUUAUUGGUCAUUCUUUCCUCACAAAAUGAGCGGCUCUUUUCAACGCGGAGUGAUUCCACACCAAUCCGUCUGUCUCAUCCGCCUUCCCUUUCCUCGUACCUACUACAUAAAAUCAGAUUCAAUUUUUAGCACUGCACGGGCAUGGCUGCUCCUGCUCCUUUUUUAUGACGGAGACGGAGGAAUGGAGGAUGCUCGCCGCCCGGAUGCCCAAGUAAUUUCGAGCGGCUUUGUGACGUCCAAGUCCAACCAAGCAACGUGUCCCUGCGGAUCGGUGUUCUUCACCCGUUUCGCGGAAGCGGUGGCAGCUGCCCGCCGCAUCAGAGUCCACCUGUUCAACCACCGCGCGUGCGUGUAGUCUCCUGCAACCCCAAGAAUGUCACUAGCCGCCGCCGUCGCCACCGCUCUCGCCGUUCUCGCGUACAGCUGCACGGCAGCCGAUCCAGACACCGUCUCCGCGCGGCGACCGCUACGGGGCAACGGCACGGUGGUCUCGGCGCAGGGCAAGUUCGAGCUGGGCCUCUUCAGCCCCGGCGCCUCCGGCCGGUUCUACCUCGGCAUCUGGUACAAGAACGUCCCCGUGCAGACCGUCAUCUGGGUCGCCAACCGCGCCAGCCCCCUCUCUAGCGCCGCCUCCGCCGAGCUCCGGGUGUCCCCCGACGACGGCAACCUCGAGCUCGUCGGGCUCAUCCAGAACUCCGCCUCGCCGGCCGUCGCGUGGUCGUCCAACAUGUCGCUGUCGCCGUCGACGUCGCCGUCGCCGUCGCCGGGGUCGAACAUCGCGGUGAUGCGCGACGACGGGAACCUGGUGCUCCUGGGCGGGGACGACUCCUCAACCGUGCUGUGGCAGAGCUUCGACCACCCGACGGACACGCUGGUGCCGUACGCGUGGCUCGGGGAGAACAAGGUGACGGGCGAAUACCAGACGCUCACGUCGUGGCGCGACGCCGAGGACCCGGCCCCGGGGAUGUUCACGGACACGGUGGACCGCAACGGCAGCAGCGAGUUCUUCCUCCUCUGGAACGGCUCCCGCGCCUACUGGCGCAGCGGCGUCUGGACGGGCAGCGUCUUCGCCAACCUCCCCGAGGCCGUCAACAACGUGCUCUUCAACCAGACGUACGUCGACACGCCGGCGUACCGCCGCGUCACCAGCGUGCUCUACGACAACGCCACCAUCACGCGCAUGGUGCUCGACCUCACCGGCCAGACCAAGCAGUACAUCUGGGUCCCCGGCAGCCAGAGCUGGCAGUUCUUCUGGGCCGCGCCCACCGUCCAGUGCGACGUCUACUCGCUGUGCGGCGCCUUUGGGGUCUGUAGCCGGAGAAGCCAGCCGCCGUGCCAGUGCCCGCGUGGGUUCGCUCCGGCGGCGGAGCGUGACUGGGGGCUCAGCGACUGGAGCGCUGGCUGCCAACGAAGCGCGCCUCUGCUCUGCGGAGGGAACGGUCGGCCAACGGACGACGGCUUCCUGGAGCUGCCGGACAUGAAGCUCCCGGAUGAUCCGCUCGCCGUGAGCGUGCGGACCAGAGCAGAGUGCGAGUCAGCCUGCUUAAACAACUGCUCCUGCCAGGCGUACGCCUUCUCCGGCGACGGUAGCUGCGCCGUCUGGAACGACGGCUUCCGCAACCUCGAGCAGCUGUAUGCUGAUGCCGGCAACUCCUCCGCGGCAACCCUGUACCUCCGGCUGCCGGAGUCUGAGCUACACGGUGCAAAGAGGAAGAGCAGGAGGCUGUGGCUUGUUCUUGGGAUCAUUUUAGCCUGUCUUGCAGCGUUGGGCGCAUCGGCACUGGUCGCAUGGGUGCUUCUAUCCAGGAGGAAACGACGACGGUCAGAAAUGGCGGAUCAAUUAAAGGGCUCCUCGCUGCAGGUCUACAGCUGCGGCGACCUCCGCGCCGCCACGAAGAACUUCUCGGAGAUGCUGGGCGGCGGAGGCUUCGGCACGGUGUACCGCGGCGUCUUGAACGGUGGCACCGAGGUGGCCGUCAAGAAGCUGGAGGGGCUCCGGCAGGGUGACAAGCAGUUCCGGACGGAGGUGAGCACGCUGGGGCUCAUCAAGCACGUCAACCUCGUCCAGCUCCUCGGCUUCUGCUCCUCCGGCGACGAGAAGAUGCUCGUGUACGAGUACAUGCGCAACGGCUCGCUGGACGCCUACCUCUUCGGCGGCAGCGGACGGCAGCGGCCGAGCUGGCGCGACCGCUGCGGCAUCAUGGUCGGCAUCGCCAGGGGGCUGGCCUACCUGCACGAGGGCUGCCGCGAGUGCAUCAUCCACUGCGACGUGAAGCCCGAGAACAUACUGCUCGAUGGGGACCUGUGCCCCAAGAUCGCCGACUUCGGGAUGGCGAAGCUCGUGGGUAGGGACUUCAGCCGUGUGCUGACCACGAUGCGGGGCACCAUUGGGUACCUCGCGCCGGAGUGGAUCUCCGGGCUGCCCAUCAGCGCCAAGGCCGACGUGUACAGCUUCGGGAUGCUGCUCUUCGAGCUCAUCUCGGGGCGCCGCAAUGCCGACGCGGGCCACGGCAGCGACGCGGAUGAAGGGGAUGCAGGCGGUCAGCAGCGUCCGCCGUCCACGUUCUUCCCGGUCUGGGCAGCAUCCAGGGUCGUGGCAGGGGACAUGGCCGCGGUGGCGGACCCGCGGCUGCGCGGCGAUGUGGUCGAGGGGGAGCUGGAGCGCGCCUGCAGAGUGGCGUGCUGGUGCAUUCAGGACCAGGAGGCGCACCGGCCAGCCAUGGCGCAGGUCGUGCAGGCGCUCGAGGGCGUAGUCGACGUCCAGAUGCCGCCAGUGCCCCGGGUGCUCCAGCAUCUCGCGACGAUGACAUGAUACAUUUAAAUAGCUAGUACGUAGCAUUCAGGGGUCCAACUAGGGGGCUAGUUAAUCUGGCCAGGCAGCUGGUAGCCUGGUAGCAAUAGUAUAAUGUGCAAUAAUUCUGUUUUAUUUUAUUCUCUCUCAGACCCUUUUUUGGCCGGCACAGCAAAGAAUGAUUUUUUAAGGAGCGUUCUUUCUCUAUGUUACAAAAUAUUGUCCUGUGAUCAACUGCCAGUUACUCCCAAGGGACACACCCCUUGGGAGACUUUGUAUCCCCUGUAUAAAUACAUGACACUCUGCAAUAAAGACAACGGUUCUGUCA